AUGGCCUCACUCGCAACAACAUACCACGCCCAGGGGAGGUAUGACGAGGCAGAGAAGAUUUAUACAGAAGUGCUUGAGCUACGCCAGGAGGUUCUUGGCAAGAGGCACCCCGACACGAUCGACAGCAUGGCCUCACUCGCAACAACAUACCACGCCCAGGGGAGGUAUGACGAGGCAGAGAAGAUUUAUACAGAAGUGCUUGAGCUACGCCAGGAGGUUCUUGGCAAGAGGCACCCCGACACGAUCGAGAGCAUGGCCUCACUCGCAUCAACAUACCACGCCCAGGGGAGGUAUGACGAGGAUGAGAAGAUCUCAGUAGAAGUGCUUGAGCUACGCCAGGAGGUUCUUGGCAAGAGGCACCCCGACACGAUCGACAGCAUGGCUGAACUCGCAUCAACAUACCACGCCCAGGGGAGGUAUGACGAGGCAGAGAAGAUUAAGAUAGAAGCGCUUGAGCUACGCCAGGAGGUUCUUGGCAAGAGGCACCCCGACACGAUCGAGAGCAUGGCCUCACUCGCAUCAACAUACCACGCCCAGGGGAGGUAUGACGAGGCAGAGGACACCACGACGGAAGUUCUGGCGCUACGACAAGCAUCAAAGCAAAGUGAGGGUGUUCUUGACAAGUGA